AUUCCCACUCCAGUGCCGUCAUCAGGAAGCGAAGGGGGGAGGUGAGAGAGAAGGAACACCAGUGAGAGCGAGAGAGAGCUCAUUCACUUCAACCACAGCUGACACCAAAGCCUGCACAGUGCGCCCCAGGCUGAACACAGCGCUCCCUCGAUUUCUCUCCGCGUGACAAUGGCCUCCACUCCCGUGAAAGACUCAGGUUUCACAGGUGCCCUGCACCUCCUCCUGUUAGGACUACUCCUGCCAGCAGUAUUAGUGUCGGGUCAAAGUACCUCAGCUACCACCCCUGCAAGCAUGACAACGAGCAGCGCAACCUCCCAGCCGACAACCACGUCAUCUGGAGCAACCAGCAGCACCACCCAGGCCCCCACUUCUACAACCCAAUCCCCGACCGUCACCACAGGAGCCUCCACCUCCCAGUCCCCAAGCACCACCUCUGGGGCCACAACAAUGACCACACAGUCCGCUACGACCAACAUCAACAGCCCCAGCCAGUCUGCAGCCUCCACCACCUCAGGAGGUAUACCAGUCCCCACCACCACCCAGCCUUCCACAGCCACAGCAACCUCUGGGGGCUCUGCAUCCAUCACAACCACCCAGUCCGUCACAACUACAGCCGCCUCAGGAGGCACUGCAGUCAGCACCACCACCAACACUCAGACACCCUCCAACACUUCACCAGGAGGCGGCUCAACAUCCAUCACAACUACAGCCGCCUCAGGAGGCACUGCAGUCAGCACCACCACCAACACUCAGACACCCUCCAACACUUCACCAGGAGGCGGCUCAGCAUCCAUCACAACUAUAGCCGCCUCAGGAGGCACUGCAGUCAGCACCACCACCAACACUCAGACAUCCUUUAACACUUCACCAGGAGGCGGCUCAACAUCCAUCACAACUACAGCCGCCUCAGGAGGCACUGCAGUCAGCACCACCACCAACACUCAGACACCCUCCAACACUUCACCAGGAGGCAGCUCAGCAUCCAACACAAUUCAGUCCUCCACAGCUUCUUCAACAGGUGGAGGCAAGGCAACAACCAACACCCAGUCACCCACAACCACUGCCAACUCUGGAAGUACCGCAAUCACCAGCACUCAGUCCACCACAACAUCUAACCCAUCUGGAGUUUCUACGACAGCCAUGAACCAGUCCAGCCUCACCCCGAUGGCUUCAGGUGGAAUGACCAAUGGAACCACUUUCGAAUGUCCCUCAUUCAGCUGUAACAAGUCGGAGUGCUACAGUAUGUACAGCAGUCAGAAUGCCACCUGGUGUUCUACUGCGUCCGUUUGUCAGCUGAUGAGGCAGAUGGACAUGUCCUACAACGUUAGCUGCACUGCCUCGUGUGCCGACAGCUGCGUCAACGCCUCUCAGAUCAACUGCAAUGAGAACUGCUGCAACUCUACUGGCUGCCUCAACAGCACUUUUGCUUCCAUGAUGAACAUGACCACAGCAAGUGGAAACACAACAACAAUGACACCGACCUCAAAACCAGUCACUACAACUACUGCCACCAGUACAGUAAACAAGGGAAACAAGUGUAAUCAAGGUGUGUGUACUGGCGCGGACUGCUACACAACUUUUAAAAUUUUACCUCUCCAAACCUGCUCGUCCUCACAGCCACACUGUCAGCUGAUGAAGGAGACGAUGGACUCCUCCCUUAAGUGGACGGCAGGUUGCUUUUCCAACUGUUCUGCCAAGACCACGUGUGAGGCCUCCACUCCACCUCCCUGUCAUCUGGAGUGCUGCAACGCCACCACCUCCUCCUGCCUAUGGCUGAACGGCACCAUGAAUGUCCCCUCGUUCGCCACAAGAGGCCCGUCUCUUCACACAGAAAUGAUGACCGGCCUACUCUGCCUGCUAGCCGUCACCCUGAUGCUGUGAGGAGCUGUGAGCAGCCUCAGCUGUUGUGUAGGGUUAUGUUAGGUAUCCAGAGCUUUGUAUAACUCCCAGUCCUUCCAGAAAUAAAGCAGGUUACGGUUUACACUACUUCAUAUAUAUCUCAGUGAUAUUCAUAUGUGAUUGUGCUGUGUAUAUAUAAAUGUGGGAUAAUAUAAAUGUAAAGCUAUAAUGUUGAUUUUCUUUCUUUUUUUAUUGAAGAUUCCCGAUCACACUUUUAUCUCUGUUUCAAAACCAGUGACAGAUGGCUUUGAACAGUAUAUUUUCUAAAUGAGAAGAUUAAACUUCAGGAAUAAAUUACAAAUCUUUAUCAUCUUUAUUAAUAAAAAAUAACACAUUAAAAAAAAUCCAAAACAUUUUUUUGGAGUGAAGUUUAGUUUAAAGAAAUUAUAUUGUAUCUAGACUCCUUGUUUUAGCCUUGACCUCGUCCAUGAUUAAAUUCAUAUCCUUUUUUAAGAACGAUUUCCACUUUCAUUUGAUUAUAGACACAUAAUUUGAUGGGUGAGUGAGCCAAAAACACUAGGUUUUAGUGGUUGUGAGCAGUUUUUUAUCAUGUCAUUACAAAACAAUUUCCCUUCAGAUGAUCAACUUUUGAAGCCAUUGCAAGAGUAAUGCACUUUAUGAAACUCUAAGUUGUAACAUGGUGUUGUGAGGGUUCGCUGAACAACCGCUGUCAAUGUAAUCUCAAUGAAAUGUGCAAUUCAGGACUUUUUGGCUACUUAUUGUCAAAGAAAUGUUUUGUGGUGAAUCGUGACUUUGAUGUACACGUGGUAUACAAAGUAUAUUUUUUUGUAUAAUGGUGUCAUGUGGAUGCUCAAUGAAAUCAGAAUGGUGUCAGGUUAUUCUAGUUUUGUGUUUCUGUACAAUAUGAUGAUAGUGCCUGAAGAAAUAUAUCUAAUAAACUAUAUGAUUGGUGAAACUCGA